AAGGACUACGUUCGCUACCUUUACUUUAAACACAAAUGUGUUGGCCGGAAACUACAAACAGUAACAAUGUGCAUCUAUUAUCAAAAAGAGGAUGCUCCCCUCAGAGAACCUCAGGACUUCAUUUCUUCCAAUGAAACAUACACUUCUACUAACUUGUCUUGGAAAGCCAUUCCCUAUGCAGACCAGCGAGGUUUCCUCACACACUACAGCCUGUGCAGCGUGAAAGACAGUUCACAAGAUGAGCGCAAAGAGUGCCAUAAAAUAUCAGCCUCAGUGAUGAAAUAUAGGCUGGGAAACUUGUCGCAAGGAACAAAAUACCACGUCAGCCUGGUUGGAGUGACCCGAGAAGGAGAAGGACCUGAAGCCACAGUCACUAUCAACACGCUGCCAGAGAAGCCUGUGAGCGUGUUGUGGAGUCUCUGCCUGCUGAUUCUGUUUUUUUUACUCACAACAUUGUGCACCUGCAUCUUGAAGAGAAUCAAAGAAAACAUCUUCCCUGCUGUUCCGACACCUGUUAUUCCAGAUUUCAUACCUUUUCAACCAGAGAGUCAGGUUUUUCUGGAGAGAAAGGAGGAGGUGGAUGAGAUGACACUGCUCCAGCUACACCCAGAAGGAAAGUCUGUCCCUGAGGACGCAGAGGAGAGCGCUGUCCUCGCUGGAGAGUGGGAGGAAGACACUGAUGAGGACAACGAGAGAUGGGAUUCAAGGAUGUCAGGAGAAUCCAGUGAUGAGGAUCUGAGUCCCGGCUCUACAGGGGAGGCACUGAGGAGCUCCAGAGAAGGAGAAAUUACAGAUGUGGAACAGCUGGACAAUGAGAUCGCCAUGCUGAUAUACAAGAAAGGUCUGGUCUUCGAUGUGAAGAGGGACUCCCUGUGAGAUGAAUUGAACUGUUCUUACAGCACAACAUUGCACAAAUGGGCUUUAUCAAGGGUUGACAUACUGUAUUUUUUUACUUUCUCUGGAGACCUGACAAAUACUUUUAUCUGAAGAAUUAUCAUGCAGGAAAUAUUUUUUUUCAAUGAACAUUUUUCAGCGUGCCUGUAUAUGACAAGUUGAGCAUUUAUCAGUCACAGGUUUUGUCAAUACAUCUUGUCCAAUGGUAGAGCGCAAAUCCUGGUUCAGACUUUUAGGAUUUUGGCUUUUUUUUUGCAUUAUUAUUGCCAAAAAACCUCAUUCAGUUACUAAAGGACUGAACACAAGUAAAAUGUCGAGGUACUUGUACUGUACUCACUGACUGCUCAUAAAUACUUCUACUCAGACCACCUUCUUCUAAAAACUGAAAUUGUACAUGUUGCAAUUUGAGGUGCAGGUGAUAAAACGGAGAGAGGGUUUUCUUUUAAAAAAAAAAAGACAGGCAUUUUAUUUCUUAGCCUUCCACAAAGACAUUAUUUUAAAGAAACUGCUUGUUCACCAGCAAGGAACAAAAUGCCACACCUCUCCUCUCUUCCCAGUCACAUUUAUAGCAGAUUACCCGCCUUCCAAAUUCAACCUGGUCAAUCAGGUCAUGACUCAUGAAAGGGUGAGUGAAGAGUUAAAUACAGAAAUAAACACUGUUCUCUACAUUUAACAAAAUCCUAAAGGCCAAAGUAAGUUCAUCAUUUAUCAACACCAAUAUUACAGCUUCAAAAACAACAAGGUCUGCUUAAAACUGUUUU